AUGUCCAACUACGCGUAUCAACCCCAGCAGCAGAUGCAGCAGAUGCAGCACAUGCAGCAGAUGCAGCAGAUGCAGCACAUGCAGCAGCAGCGGCAGAUGCAACAGCAGCGGCAGAUGCACAUGCAGAUGCACAUGCAACAACAGCAGCAACAGCGAAUGCACCAGCCACACCAGCAGCUCCAGCAGCACCCGCAGCAGCAACACCAACAACACGUGCAGCAACAGCAGCAACAACAAAUUCUUCAGGCGAGAAAGAAACAGGUGCGCGAGAAGCAACAGCAGAGACACGCUCAGAACUCAAAAGACGAAGACGACGACAUCGACACAAACAGCGACGGCGACAGCGAAAGCGACAGCGAUAGCAAUGGUGACAGCGACGGUGACAGCGACGGUGACGGCCAAGACGAAAUGUUUUCAACACCGAGCGAAAUUUCGACAGACUUUGAUUCGGCGUCGGACGCUAGUUCGACAACUACCGAUAAACACUCCGUGAGGUUCGACAUGCAAUCCAAGUCGAAGUCAAUUCCGAACGACUCGCCGGCGACCUGUUCAACGGUCAAGGAUCAGUUCAGGGCCGACACCAAGGCCACCAAGGCCACCAAGGGGAAGUCCGACAAGGCCACCAAAGCCACCAAGGCCGACACCGCCAAAGCCGAAGCCAAGGCCGCAGCCAAGACGGCCAACAAGACGGCCAACAAGAACGCCGACGUCGACGCCAGGAACAACGCGGGUGCCGACGACAUCACGAGAGAGAUGGAAAAACUCGCCAUGACAAACAUCUCUCCCGCACACAUCCCGUCGCCCGCUCUGUCUCCCGGAGAGUACAUGUACAACGUCAUUUCCGACGUUCUCGGGACCAACAACAAGAAGAACUUGCAGAGGAUUCUGGCUAGAACCCCGUUGCCUAUCGCCAUCAAGUACCUGCACCAUAUCGCGCAGAAAGCUUUUGCCACCGGCAACAGAGACAUCCACAAGGUCGUCGUGGACAUCAACAAGAAGUACAACAUUGUGUCCGACCUGUACCUAGAUGCGUUCGCCAAGGGGGACAGCAAGUCCAUCAGCAAUGCCAUGAACUACCUCGAAAAGACGGCACAAGCGUUCAGGACGGGUGCAGAGUUCAACACCGACGAGCUGCUCAAGUUUUUCACACCGGAGUUCAUCGCCAUGAACCUCAUCCAGUCCGGCAACAUUGCGGCGUACGACAAGGUCAUGACCGAGUUCAAGAACGAAGAGAUUCGCAUCUCUAGAGGAUUCCACGUCGCCAAGCCUCUUUUAGCGGCCUACUUUGGUGUCCCAUCCUUCUUCUCGAACCAGAAGAGAUACAGCUUCAACCGAGACAUCAUCGUCCUCGCCAUCUGCGGAGGCAGCACGGAAACGCUCGACUACGUGGUCAAGAAGACCAAGAUCGGCAAGAUAUCGCACGACAUCGUUCUCGAGGCCCGGUCUUGCCAACCCAUCCCGGCGCACAUGAUGAAACAUCUGGUGGAAAAGUUCAGCGUCCCUGAAAUGUCUGUUUAG